GUGUAUCCUAAAAAAAAACUCCAAAGCGAAUGCCUAUAAUGUGUGAUUUUCUCAUCCUUAAUUAUACAUGGCAUGAGUUUCUGGCUCACAUUUUAAUCAAUUGUUUUGUUCAGUGGCAGAGAGAGGCGAAAAAGGCACGCCGAGGGCUUUGGUCGUUAGAUAAACCACAGAAACCAUGGAUUUGGAGGAGAGAUAAUCCACGCAUCGACAACAAGAAGGGGAAUGCAGAUGACAUUCAGGUAGAACCGCAGAACCAGGUCAAUGAGAGCAGUAUAGCUCUACCAUUGCUGAUAAUGAAAGAUAUGGAGGAUCUGGGUAGGAAAUGGAAAGGGAGUUUGGAAAAAUUUGUGUCUGAGAACAUGAAACUACACGAUCAGGUCCAGGAGUUAAAGAGAGAUAAGAAGGAGGCUGAGGAACGUGCUAGGAAGGCAGAAAAGGAAAUGGAAAGUGCUGUGGCUGACAACAUGAAGCUGAAUGCUCAGCUCCAGGAAUCUGAAAUUAAUAAAAAGGAGGCCGAGGACCGAGUUUUACAGUUGGAUUUCUUCUCAGGAAGUGUUGCAGCUGUAAACAUGGAUUUGCACAAUAAGAUUGAGGUUUUAGAAAAUGAGAAUAAAAAGGCCGAGGACCGAGCAAAGGAGGCAGAAAGUGAAAUGGAGAGUGUUGUGGCUGAGAACAGGAAAUUGAACGAUCAGCUCCAGGUAGUAGAGGGCCAAGCAGUGAAGCUGAAAUUUUUUUGUGAAAAGGUUGCAAGUGUAAACAUAGUUUUGCACCAUAAGCUGGAGGGUUCAGAGGAGAAGAAUAAAAUGUCCGAGGAGCAAGCCAAGGAGACAGAGAAGGAGAUGAAAACUGUUCUGGAUGACAAUGUGAAACUAAGCGGUCAGAUUCAAAAAUUAAAUAAGUUAAAUAAAGAGAUUACCGCCUUUGCUAAUAAUAGUAAAAGGAAAUUGCAAAGUGUUCUAGCCGUAAACAUGGAUUUGGAUAAGAAGGGGGAGGAGGGAGCUACUUUGCCAGAUAAGGGAUUGGAAACCGUUGGAGUCGAAAACGUGAAGGGGAAAUUACAAGGCAUAAGUCACAAGAAGAAUGAACAAACUGUGGAGACCCCAUCGGCAACUCCAACCAAAGACUCUGGCGUGAAAAAACCCACUGUGUGGCGGAUAAAAACGACCGCAACGACAUCUUCGGCGCCUCCACCAAAGGGUCAUUAUGAAUAGACACAACUAUGUGUUGAAUUUAAGCUAUAUAUACAAGUUCAACGGCGGCAUGUGUUGCUACAAAUUAAAAAAAAACUAUAUAUUAUAUAAUCUAUAAUCACGUGGCAUUUUGUGUUUCACCCGAACAUAUUUCCUUUUGUUUUCUAUAAAUAAUAUAAUGACAUUUAAUUCUAUCGUAUUGAUCCA